UCUCCUCGCUUUAUUAAAAAAAAAAAAAACACGCAAGGCUUCUCGUCUUCGCCAUAAUCAAUCCUUCCCUCCUCACAGUUCACAUCUCCAAGCAAGAAGAAGCUCUUCAGUUUUCUCAGCAAUGGCGCUCAACCUCCGCCAGAAGCAAACAGAAUGCAUAGUUCGCAUGCUGAAUCUGAACCAACCCGUGCACCCCAGCGGCACGGCCAAUGAGGAGGUGUACAAGAUCCUGAUCUACGACAGGUUCUGCCAAAACAUCCUCUCUCCCUUGAUACACGUCAAGGAUCUCCGGAAACACGGCGUGACCCUCUACUUCCUUAUUGAUAAAGAUCGGAAACCUGUGCACGAUGUCCCUGCCGUUUACUUUGUCCAGCCCAGCCAGGUCAACAUUCAGCGGAUCAUCGCCGACGCUUCGCGGUCUUUGUACGAUAGCUUCCACCUGAACUUCUCGUCCUCGAUCCCGCGACCACUCCUUGAGGACUUGGCCUCAGGGACUCUGAACUCGGACUCGAUCCAGAGGAUUUCAAAGGUGCAUGAUCAGUACCUUGAGUUCAUUACCUUGGAGGAUAAUUUGUUUUCGUUGGCACAGAAGUCCUGUUACGUUCAGUUGAAUGAUCCGUCUGCUGGAGAUCGGGAGAUUGAGGAGAUUAUUGAGAGGAUAGUUAGUGGGUUGUUCUGCGUAUUGGCUACUCUUGCUGUGGUUCCAAUUAUUAGGUGCCCACGCGGCGGACCCGCUGAAAUGGUGGCCUCCGCUCUGGAUCAGCGGUUGAGGGAUCACUUGCUAUCAAAGAAUAAUCUGUUCACAGAAGGUGGGGGUUUUGUGGGCUCAUUUCAGCGCCCAAUAUUGUGCUUGUUUGAUCGGAACUUUGAGCUGGCAGUUGGGAUACAGCAUGAUUUUAGGUAUAGGCCCCUUGUGCACGAUGUGCUAGGGUUGAGGUUGAACAGAUUGAGCGUUCAAGGUGAGAAGGGUGGGAUGAAAUCAUUUGAAUUAGAUAGCUCGGAUCCAUUUUGGGAAACGAAUGGCUCGUUGGAGUUUCCUGAAGUCGCAGUGGAAAUUGAGACGCAACUGAACAAGUACAAGAGAGAUGUCGAUGAGGUGAAUAGAAGAACAGGUGGUAACGAAGGGGCUGAGUUUGAAGGCACUGACCUGAUUGGCAACACAAAGCAUUUGAUGAAUGCAGUUAACUCAUUGCCAGAGUUGACUGAGCGGAAGCAAGUGAUUGAUAAGCACACAAAUAUUGCAACUGUUUUGUUGGGUGAAAUCAAGGAGCGGUCACUUGAUUCUUAUGCCAAGAAGGAGAAUGACAUGAUGGUUAGAGGUAGUAUUGACCGUAAUGAGCUCUUGAGUGUGCUUAAAGGGAAGGGUACAAAGACUGAUAAGCUGCGGUUUGCGAUUAUGUAUCUUAUUUCUACGGAAACAAUUAAUCAGUCGGAAGUUGAAGCUGUUGAGGCGGUACUAAGGGAAUCGGAAGUUGACACCAGUGCAUUUCAGUAUGUAAAGAAGAUCAAGUCGCUCAAUGUGUCUUUAGCAUCUGCAAGCUCUGCUAGCAGAAGUAACAUUGUCGAUUGGGCAGAGAAGCUUUACGGGCAGUCAAUCAGUGCUGUGACUGCAGGGGUGAAGAAUCUCUUGUCUACUGAUCGGCAGUUGGCUCUGACAAGGACAGUUGAAGCCUUGAUGGAAGGGAAGCCAAACCCUGAAAUCGAUUCUUAUCUUAUCCUCGAUCCUCGUGCCCCUAAAUCAAGUUCCGGAGCAAGUAGCAGCCACCUUAGGGGACCCUUUAAGGAGGCCAUUGUUUUCAUGAUCGGUGGUGGCAACUAUGUGGAAUACGGGAGCUUGCAAGAGCUCGCACAACAUCAACAGCCUGUCAAACAUGUUAUUUAUGGGACUACUGAAAUUCUAACAGGAGCUGAGUUUGUCGAACAGCUUUCCCUAUUAGGACAGAAGAUGGGAUUGGGUGGUACUGCUCCAGCUGCUCCAGCUAACCAUUAAGACAGGUGGUGCCGAUACUACAAGAUCUUGUUUGUUGAAUUAUCUAAGGGCAGAUGAGACGGAGACGAAGAACGGCGACAAGUUCUUCCCAUGAAUUCUAGCAUGCAUGAUGUAUCUAUGGAAUCCGAUCUCAUGCAUACUGUGAUUUAGCACAAAGGCACGAGAAACAAGCUCCGUAAGUUUUGCAAGAAGCCAGUGUGAGAAUCUUUGAGCGAGUCGUUUUACCUGGAACUAGCGAAUCGGGGAUACUUUCUUUCAAGCUUUUGUUUAUUUUCAUGUACAACUUCUUACUAGCGAAGAGCGGUACCAUCCUGUCGAGGAGAAUCUGGCACUCUUUGGGUCACAGUGAAUAUUGUUUAAAGUUUUGCUGUAUCAAUAUCUUUAGAUCGUCUUAGCUCUCGAUAUUCCA